CCGUCUCCAUCUUGUCGUCUGCGAUAUUUGUUAAAACCUUAUAGAUUCUUUCUCUUUCCACACCUUCUCAAUAAAGGCAAAAUGCAAAUUGUGAUCGGAUUAUACGAUCGAUUUAAAGACAUUGACAAGGUGUCCGAAGUGUCAAAUAUUAACCGAUCUGUAGUAGAACGAUGUAUUAAAGAGAUGACUGCUGGUAUGAAUAACGGUAAUAUCAAUGACUUUAUUGGAAAAAAAGGAAGAGGUGCGAAUGGCAAUGAUUAUUGUCGUAUGGUUGGAGUG